AUGAAAAAAUCAAAAGUGGUUAAAAUUAAUGUUGGUGGAGAAAUAAUAAUGAGUACUCGUGAUAUUUUAACACGUAUACGCAGUUCUAAACUUGCUUCAAUGAUUAAUGGAAACUGUGAAGAUAUUUCAGCUUUUGAUUGUGAUGGUAAUAUCUUUCUCAACUACAAUCCAAUUCUAUUUUAUCACUUACUUGAACAAUUACGAACUUUGGAAGAUGAAAAUUUUCCCAUAUUUUAUCCUCCUAAAUCUCGACUACUGGUCAUACCAUUUAGACAAAUGUUUCAAGAAUUAGGCUUUCGAAUAGCAUCACUUUCCAAUGAUGAUAUUAUAACACUCAAUGUCGGUGGUGAAAUAUUCGUCACACGUUGUCAAACACUAACUCAAGUACCUUAUUCAAAAUUGGCUAUUGUUGUUUCAUCCUAUCAAAUAAUCGAUACAGAUGAAAAUGGUUAUUUAUUUCUUGAUUAUGAUGCAAGAUUAUUUCGAUAUCUUCUAUCACAAUUACGUUCCACAUCUUGUUCACAAAUCUCUACAUUUCAAGGACCAUCCUCCGAUGAUAGAAAAGAAUUUAACGCAAUGCUCAUCCGUUUAGGUCUCAUUGGUAAGAUUUGA